GCCUCCAAGACAGAGCUGUCGCGGCAGCCCAGCGCUCAAGAUAUUUCAUUUGAUUUUUAUACAGAAUACACUAAAAGUGCGGGUUUUCAUUAUUUCACCGAGUAUACAUACGAGUUUUUAAUAUUAAGUUAGUUUUUUAUUUUCGUUCAACCGUUCGAUCGAUUUGUCAUCGAGUUUUACGAGAAGGAACAAUUUUUAAAAAGUGCAGGAAGUGUUGAUCUAUAGUUGGCCGAAAGGUGUCCUUCGAAUUGUCUGACUUCGAAUAAUUUACCCCUUCAGUGACAAUUCCGAGCGAGAUGGGUUCAUUUCCGGUCAAUCUGCGAACUUUGGCGUUCGUUUUGGCGUUCGUCUGCGGCGCAUCGUACGCGGCAUUAGCCCGAACGGCCUUCGAGAAAUUGACGGAUUACGACUACAGAGGACUGACCUACUACACGGUGCGAAACCUGUCCCUGUACGAAUGCCAAGGAUGGUGUCGAGAGGAAGCUGAAUGUCAAGCGGCAGCCUUCUCUUUCGUAGUUAAUCCUUUAGCGCCGAUGCAGGAUACCGUAUGUCAACUGCAGAAUGAAACGGCGGCUUCGAAUCCAGCCGCACAGCCACAAAGGGCAGCCAACAUGUACUACAUGGUCAAACUCCAACUGAGAUCAGAGAACGUUUGUCUUCGCCCUUGGGCCUUCGAACGGAUUCCGAACAAGAUGAUUCGUGGAUUGGACAACGCCCUGAUUUACACAUCGACGAAGGAAACCUGUCUAUCGGCGUGUCUCAACGAACAUCGUUUCACCUGUCGAUCCGUCGAGUACAAUUACGUCACUCUGCAGUGUCACUUGAGCGAUUCUGACAGGCGAACGACCGGGCAAUACGUCCAAUUCGUUGACGCUCAAGGCGUCGACUAUUUCGAAUCGCUCUGCCUCAAAGGUAAAGACGCCUGCAAGUCUCAAAGAAUAUUCCAAACGCCUCGAAUCGGAGUUGCCGAUGACAAAGUAGCCCAAUACGCGGGACUCCAUUAUUACACCGACAAAGAGCUCCAAGUCCAAAGUGAAUCCAUCUGCAGACAGGCGUGCGAAAUCGAAAAUGAAUUUCUCUGCAGAUCGUUCCUCUACAGAGGACCUCCUCAGGGCACGUCUUACAAUUGUCAAUUGUUCCAUCUCGAUCACUUUACUCUACCAGAAGGACCCUCGACUUACCUGAACGCCGAGAGGCCUCUCAUUGACAACGGCGAACGGGUUGGAACCUAUUUCGAAAACUUCUGUGAGAAGAGCCUGGGACCCCACGUGGAUCCUCUUCCCGUGGUAUUCGACAGCACGGAAGACCCGACGGUUAACAAUCUUACACGAGCCGACGUUAAUUGCGACAAAACGGGAACUUGUUACGACGUGGCCGUUGACUGCAAAGAUACGAGAAUCGCUGUUCAAAUUCGCACGAACAAGCCGUUCAACGGUCGUAUUUACGCAUUGGGCCGUUCCGAAACUUGCAACAUCGAUGUAAUCAACAGUGAUUUGUUCAGAUUGGAUCUAACAAUGAGCGGACAAGAUUGCAACACUCAGAGUGUGCGUGACGGUUUUCAGACGGGUAUAUACUCGAACACGGUUGUACUGCAACAUCAUUCGGUCGUAAUGACGAAAGCAGACAAGAUUUACAAAGUCAAAUGUACCUACGACAUGUCGUCGAAGAACAUAACAUUUGGGAUGAUGCCGAUCAGGGAUCCGGAAAUGAUCAGCAUUACGAGCGCACCAGAAGCACCGCCUCCAAGGAUUCGUAUUUUGGAUAGCAGGGCCCGGGAAGUUGAGACCGUUCGCAUUGGGGACAAACUCACUUUCAGAAUUGAAAUUCCUGAGGACACUCCAUACGGUAUAUUUGCUCGUAGCUGCGUUGCCAUGGCUAAAGACUCGAAGAGUACCUUCCAAAUCAUCGACGACGAAGGAUGUCCGGUGGAUCCUUCAAUCUUUCCCAGUUUCACUCCAGAUGGUAAUGCGCUGCAGUCCGUUUACGAAGCUUUCAGAUUCACCGAAUCUUACGGCGUCAUCUUCCAGUGCAACGUCAAAUAUUGCCUGGGGCCAUGUGAACCGGCGGUAUGCGAAUGGGGUCGCGAGUCGGUAGAAUCUUGGGGCAAGAGGCGCAGGAGAAGUGUUGCAAAUUCGACCGAAGAAAAGGGUGAAGACAUGACUUUGUCGCAGGAAAUUUUGGUCCUUGACUUUGGUGAUGAGAAGCAGUCGGAGUUCUUGCGCAACGACGCCAGCAUAGACUUCAACGAAGCAGAAAAAACUGUGACCAUCGUGGAGCCCUGCCCAACGAAAACGUCAGUUCUUACGCUCGGUGUGACCUGCGCUCUUCUGGUUUUGAUCUACAUCGCAACAAUAUUUUCGUACUAUAUGAAAAAAUGGCUGACACCUCGAAAAAUGAUGUCAUGAAGUGACAAUGACGCAUCACGCUCAGAAAAAGUAAAUUACGAAGUACGGUAGCUCAUUACAAAUGGUUAAAGGAACGUCUGCGAGAUACUCAGAAGGCUAUUUGUUUGUACUUUUUUUUUUCCCAUUUUUUUUUAAUUUCCCUUACCAGAGCCACGAACAAUAACAUGGUUCUACGAAAAUUUAAUCCAUAAUAUACACUCUCAUAUCAAUAAUAUCGUACUUUAUAGCAUAAGAGAUAUUAGACAUUAUUAAGUAUCAUUUUUAGCUACUUUUGAUUGGGUUGCAAACGUUCAGAACUCAAUAUGUUACCAUCCAGUCAUACACCGGAUCACAUCAUAUUGUAAUAAGCAUCUUCGGACUUUCGGUUCUCGCAAAGUAGAAUGCAAUCGAUAGAAAAUGAAAGAAGAAUGAGUACAUGAAUCGAUAGAUAAAAAAGAAGAAAAGCGGUAAAAACUCUUUGCGCGGUGUUCAACAGGGAUAUUAUCUGAAAUCGAUAUGUGGAAUGGUUUGUAAACUCAUAUCAAGACUAGUAAUAUUUAACGGUUCGCUCCUAAUUAAUUAUAUCUAUAAUUCUAAGAAUCAACAACAGCAGUAAUUAGCGUAAGGAACAAUAGAUUACGUAAGUAUUGCCCUCAAGGCGUAAUUAAACAGUAUCAAGCACACGUAUAACAGGUAGUGCCCAAAAUAUGAAUCAUAUGAACGUAACUUUUUUAGUUUUUGCUGUUUCUUUUUAUUUUUUUUUUUUCUUCUACUUUUCUCAUACCGAUAUGGUAUUACAGCGUAGUUUUAAUAUGCGAUAAGCACUGCCUCGACCGAUGGGUACGUUGGAACAAAAAUAAUAAAUGAAAUAAAAUGUAAUUACAACAAUAAAAACAGCAAAAAUGGCAUCUGUUACGCAUCAGCUGUGUUUAGCUUCUUGGUAAGAAAUAUUUGAAUGAAAUUCGACGUAGACGCUCGAAUUUAUAAUUCUUACCAAACACAUACAGCAUGAAUAAUUAGGUAAUAAUUGUGAUUUAUUGGUAAAGGUGCUCAUGUUUGAGAAAAAAAAAAAAAAAAUUAUUAUUUUAUAUUAAUUCAGACCAUGAGAAAUGUCAUUCCAUCUAAAAGAUAAAAAAAUGUAUAUAUUAUUAUUGUUCAAUUAAUAGGCGUACGUAAAACAUAAUAUGCUUACUUGUAUUUGUACCCUAUAUUUACACACAUGUUUUAAUAAUUAAACGAGAUAAAUUUCAAAUGA